CUCUUUUAUAACCUACACAUUCAUUAACUUGAUUCACUUGAAUCUUCCAUUCCUUUACACUCACAAGACUUUGAUUCAAUUGAAUCGUUCACUCCUUUCGCAGCCAAUUUUACAUAGCCUCUGCAAACUUCUAAAGAGCUGAAGUCUAACAUAGCCAUACAUAUUUCCCAACAUUACAACUAUACCAUGUACUAUAGAAUUUUUCUUACAUUAUUCAUAGUUCUUAGAAUUGCAACUGCCUUUGAUGCCUCGUCUUCAACAAAUGUUGCAGCAUACUGGGGUCAAAACGCCGCAGGAUCUCAGACAACUUUGGGCUCAUACUGUCAAUCCAAUGAUGUUGAUAUAAUAAUCUUGUCGUUCUUGAACGACUUCCCCGACUUGGGACUCAACUUCGCCAACAUGUGCUCAGAAACAUUUUCUUCAGGAUUGUUGCACUGUUCUCAGAUUGGAGAAGAUAUCAAGUACUGCCAGAGCCAGGGCAAAAAGAUACUCUUAUCGUUAGGUGGUGCUACUGGGAACUACGGCUUAGCUUCUGAUACUGAGGGCGAAGCCUUGGCCACCACCUUAUGGAACAAAUUCGGCGGUGGAUCUGACUCUGAGAGACCAUUUGAUGAUGCUGUUGUUGACGGUUUCGACUUUGACAUUGAAAAUAAACAACAAACAGGCUACCCAGCCCUUGGUAACAGCCUUAGACAAUACUUCAGUCAGGAUUCCUCCAAAACCUACUACUUGUCUGCUGCUCCGCAGUGCCCAUAUCCUGACGAAUCUGUUGGUGACUUGUUAUCACAGGUUGACAUCGACUUUGCCUUCAUUCAAUUCUAUAACAAUUACUGUUCCCUUGACAAGACUUUCAACUGGGAUACCUGGGCAGACUUCGCUGCCAGUACUUCUCCCAAUAAGAACAUCAAGUUGUAUCUUGGUUUGGCAGGCUCUCCCCUGUCGGCUGGCUCAGGAUAUGUAGAUAUCAACACCGUCCAAGCAAUUCUUCCCACUAUUCAAAGUAGCAGUGCUUUUGGUGGUAUUUCUGUAUGGGACAUCUCAUCAUCUAUUGCCAACAACGACUUUCUUCAACAACUUAAGUCAGCUUUGGGAAGUGUGCCAGCUAGAGCACCAACAUCGGACUCU